AUGACAAUCAACGAUGGCCUUGAUUCUAACUGGGAGUAUCACCAGAAUAAUGUCGCCGUAGGGGCUAUGUUUCCGUCCAAGCGACAUAUGCAGGAUGCAAUAGUUAAGUGGGCAAUGUCGACUCAAAGGUUGCUCAGAACAACCGUGUCAUCUGGAAAAUACUUGACGAUGGAAUGCCAUGACAUCAAUUGUCCCGGAAGGGUGCAUGGGUAUGUUCCUAAGUAUGAGACAACAUGGCGUGUCAGCGACUUUGUGGCGCACACUUGUGAGCUUGCAAGUAUCCGCAACGACCAUUGCAACCUGUCGUCUAAUCUGAUAGCUCGGCUGCUGUACACUGAAAUAGUGGAAGGGCAAGCCAUGGGAGUAAGGGGCAUAAUUAAGAAUGUGAAGAAGCAUCAUUUGUACAACAUUUCUUAUGGCAAGGCUUGGAGGGCUAAACAGAGGGCGCUGGAGAUGAGAUUUGGUUCGUUUCGAGACGCAUAUGAUGCAGUUGUUCGUUUGUUGCGGACACUGCAGGAGAGGAACCCAGACACAUAUAUAAACAUCCAGGACUUGUUUUUGCCGGAGUACCCAACUUACAGGGUUCUGCAUAGAGUUUUUUUCUCGUUCGGUGUCUGCAUCGAAUCUUUCAGGCAUUGUCGACCCGUGUUAUGUGUGGACGGCACGUUUCUCACCGGUCAGUACAAGGGUCAAAUCUUGACCGCCAUUGAAAUGGACGGAAACAAUCAAAUCGUGCCACUCGCUUUUGCAUUCCUGGAGAGUGAGAACACCGAAAGCUGGUUAUGGUUCUUUAGACAGUUGAAGAUUUCAAUUGUGAAGGACACACCGAAUGUUUGCAUCCUUCAUGACAGGCAUGCAGGUAUACUGAAAGCUGUUAAGACACUCAAAGAGCCAGGACAAGAAAUGCCAUGGAUUGACAUUCAGAGGCAUUGGUGCAUGCCACCUGGGGGCCAAUUUUUACACACAAUUCAGGAACAAGAACCUUAUGAAUCUCUUCAAGAAGCUGUGCAUCCAGAACCAGCAGUGGAAGUAUACUUUUUUGUGUACCAAACUCCAGGAGUUCACGAGCCUACGGAGAGGUGGUCCUUGUUGCACGACACACAUGGCGCUAGAUACGGCGUCAUGACAACCAACCUCGCAGAAUCGUAUAACUUUGUGCUGAGAGGCAACAGGGCUUUGCCACUUACAGCUAUAGUAGAGGGUAUUUUCAUGGGCACAGUUAAAUAUUACAGAGAGAGACGCGAGAAGGCGCAGAUGCAUAUAGUGAACAACCCAGACACACUGUAUUGUUCGAAUAUUAUGGAGUACAUGCAUAAGAAGAAGGAGAAAGCUAGAAAUCUCGCUGUUGUUCCCAUUGGGAAUGUGGAAAGAAGGUUCGAAGUCCGCUUACCUACAGAUAUGUUCGGGUGUGGGAAUCCGCAGAGGACUCAUGAUGUGAAAAUUGAAAUGGCAGGAAGAUCAUUGCUCAAUAGGGACAUUGCGAGGGCGCACCGUGCGGCCAAGCUAGAGGCCAACCCUAAUAGCUUGUCACCAAUGGUGACACGCGGGGGUAAUCAAAAUUGGCAGAUACACCCCGGUUGGGUUCAGAGGUUGAAGUGGGUUGGACUUCUACCUUUUGCACGGUUGGUUGAGGACACUAGGUCAGAGGUCAUCGGUUUCACAAUUCACACCGCCGAUGAGUGA